AUGGCUCAGACUUUGCAAGGACACGGACCUGGAGUGACGUGGCUCAGCACGGCACGAUAUGUGAGCGAUGAAAGUGCUGACAGGGACAUUCUUUCUGCUCGACUCAGAAGGGAGAAAGAGGAGGGGGCCUUGACUCAGGUGCGUCUCGCAGAGAAGUUCGGCUAUGUGGGUGAGGCGUAUACGGUGCGAACUCCUGACGGCUACAUCCUGACGAUCCAUCGCAUCUCAAAAGCAGCGCACCAAAAUAACGACCAACUGCACCGGACCCCAGUCCUCUUCGGGCAUGCUCUGGGAGGCAACAGUGAAGAGUACGUCGCAUAUAAUCACAGCACCUCCUACGCACUGGUGGAUGCAGGGUUUGAUGUGUGGUUGGGAAACUACAGGGGCAGCUUUUACGGUCGAAAGCACGUCAAGUUGAACCCGAAAAUGCCCGAAUUUUGGGACUUUAGUUGGCACGAGAACGCGGUUAUCGACGAGCCGACUAUCAUCGACUACGUUCUCCACUUCACGGGAAGGCCGAAACUGUUCCUUAUUGGCCAUUCGAUGGGCGCUACGGCACAGGCAGUACUGCUGGCUUCCAGACCAGAAUACGCCAAGAAGAAGGUUCUAGGCGCGGUGCUCAUGUCACCUCAAACUUACGUUGAAAAUCCGGGUAGAUACAACAUCUUUCAGUUGGUCGUAGGUACUUUGUACAGCUCCAUUCCCGUGCUGAAGGAAUCAAUCAAAAGCUACGUGGUGAACGGCCCAAUGCCCCUCUAUGGUAACUGUGUGGUGACAUUCUGCUUUCCCAACAAUAGAACUGAAUACGCAAACUAUUGCCGAUUUAUGAUAGAUGCAGUGUUUGGCAAAUCGCAUAAGCCAAUGACCGACGCUCAAGCUCAGACUUUGUUUGCGCACUUCCCCCAAGGAGCAUCUAUUCGGCAAUUCAUGCACUACGCUCAAGCCAUGGCAUCACAUGGAGAGUUUCGUCAUUACGACUAUGGACCUGUCAAAAAUCGACAGCUGUAUGGUUCCGCACAGCCUCCGUCCUACAACUUCAGCGCCAUCGUCACGCCUACUUACGUAAUCUGCGGCAAAACUGACUAUUCCCCUGGAAUACAGGACUGUCUCAAGUUCGUCAAUGCAACCCCGGCAGUGAAGAGACAUCUCGAAGUACCAUACAAUCAUGCGGACUUUCUUGUUUCUGACGAUGUCGAUGAAUAUUUAAACAAACCAAUUAUAGAUAUCUUUAUGAAAUAUAUUUGA